UGAAGCACAGAGUCGCCUCGCCUCGCAGAGCGCCACCCAUCUUCCGUCUUUAAACUCCUGUAUCCGUUCACCUCUGCAUCCUUUAUCCAGCUGCAGCAGCUCGAGUAUCUCAGAGGCCGGAACCGUGGGCUUUAUAGGGCCAUGAUCUCACUGGAGCUUAAUUUUAAUUUAUUUACGAGUGACCUUUCACAUUACUUCAAAAAUCAAGUCAAAGUCGGGCUCCUCGGCUCUGGGGUGGGACUCUCAGUGGUGCUCGGAUUCAGCGCCGCUUAUGCCUGCUACUACCUGCUCUCUGUGGCCAAGAAGCCCAUACUGAUAUCUGGAGGAAAGAAGUUUCAUCAGUUCCUGAGGGACAAAUGCCCCGUGGUCUCAGAGACGUACUACCCCCCGUUCUGGUGCUGGGAGAGCCGGGUGCAAACGCUGCUCCGACCCUUCGUGACCGCCAAGCCCUGGGUCAACUACAGAAAUGAGCUCAUUACAGCACCAGAUGGAGGCCAGAUCUCUCUGGAUUGGUUUGACAAUGAUGACAGCGCGUCCCACCCGGACCAGUCCACGCGCCCCACUGUGCUGCUGCUCCCGGGACUGACGGGCACAAGCCGCGAAUCCUACAUUCUGCACAUGGUACAGCAAAGCCGGGAUCUGGGCUACAGAUGUGUGGUGUUCAAUAACAGAGGAGUAUCGGGUGAAAAGCUACUGACGCCUAGGACGUACUGCGCAGCCAACACAGAGGAUCUGGAGGUGGUCAUCGAACAUGUCCAGCGCACCAUUGACAAAGCUCCACUCAUGGCGGCUGGGGUUUCAAUGGGCGGGAUGAUGCUGGCGAACUAUCUGGGUCGGAAGGGCUCGGAGGUGCGUCUGAAGGGAGUGGUGGUUUUCUCGGCAGGCUGGGAUGUGUUUGAGUGCACGGCUUCACUGGAGAAGCCCCUGGACCGCUUCCUCUUCAACUCCUACCUCACCAGCUGCCUGCAGGCAUCCGUGGACCGUCACCGAACCAUUCUUGAAAAACAGUAUGACAUAGACCACGUGAUGAAGGCUAAAACAAUCCGAGAGUUUGAUGAACGUUUCACAUCCAUCAUGUUCGGUUAUCCAUCCAAUGACGACUACUAUCUAGACGCGAGCCCCAUUCACAAGAUCAAGUCUGUUCAGGUGCCAAUGCUGUGCCUCAAUGCAGCGGACGAUGUAUUUUCCCCCAAUCAUGCCUUUCCGGUGGAGGCGGUGAAGCAGAACCCUAAUGUGGCGCUGCUCAUCACCUGUCACGGCGGCCAUAUUGGCUUCCUGGAGGGUCUGUGGCCACGGCAGAGCACCUACAUGGACCGGGUCUUUCACCAGUUCACCAGUGCCGUGUUUGAGAAUGGCAGCGGUCUGGAUGAUCUCCACUGACCUUCUCUUUCCAUUCCCUCUACACCCAUAAGCAAAAAAAUGUGUACAUUUCCAAAAUGAAGUGCACAGGUUCACUUGAGGGCCAGGAUUUAAUAUUAUUAUUAUUAUUUAUUUUAGUAGUUUUAAGCACAUUUGCAUUCAUGGAACAGAAAUUCUUCUUAGAAAUUCUUGCAUGUUCCAUCCGUCCAUCGACUGAUGCGCUUAUUUGUUUCUUAAUUGCAUGUCUGCGUAUGACUCGCUUAAUUAAGUAUUUCUAAAAGUGAUUUAAGGAAACAUCCACCUGGACCACUGAAUCACUCAUCAGGUGAUGUUACUCAACAUGAAUCCACACGACGAUGAGAUUGUCCUGAAAACAAAAAAAACAACAAGCCUUGUAACCUAUUGGUACAAUCUCACAAAGAAAUGUCAAGGUUCACCACUAAAUCAAAAUCAGCAUUAGUUUCAUUGUGCUUCAAUGGGUAGAUAAAUAUUUUAGGCCAUUUUGGUUUAAAGACAGUGAACCUCCACACAAGGCUACUGAAAAUAGAUGACAGUUGGCUUAAAUGUUGUGUUCCAGUCAUUUUGACCUGGAUUCUUUUUCCCCGAAAUGUUAUUUAAUGGACUAAAACUAAAGCUUGCUGACUUUGUUCACACAGGAUAUAAUAACGUCCUUUAAUAUUUUGAGAAUUGUUAUGCUUUUUGGGCUCCAAAAAUAAAUUCCAAACCUGUGCUAAUUGAAAGCAGUCAAGCUGACAAAAAAAAUUAAUCCCAAUAUCUUAUGAUAAUAUUGUUUAAUGACAUGUUUCCAAGCAGUUUAAAAGGCUGCUAAUUUUCGACUGGGAACACUAAAUUAGGUAAAGUGUUUUAAACACAGAACAAGGGUUAAUUGUCAUGGAAAUUAUGCAAAAACCGUCAGUUUUUUAUGCAAAAUGCCUUUAGAUGUUUUAUGAGAUUUUGUCAAAUUGCACUAAUGUAGAAAUGGUUGGCCGGAGAAUGUUGGAGGGCGUUUGUGCACUUGUUUUGUGCAAGUCUGAAAAUUGGUUGCGGAGGCUUUACCUAAACUUUUAAUAAUGAUCCAAGAUGCCGUAAAACCACACCUAUGUAAAGAGUUCACAGUUCAGCAACAUUAGAUUUCACUAUUAUUGUCAUUAUUAUUGUUCCCAACACCGAUCCUGGAGGCACCCCACACUGCACGUUUUGCAUGUCUCCUUAAUCAAACACACCUGAUUCAGGUCAUCAGCUCAUUAUUAGGGACUUCAAGAAUUGGUGUGUCAGAGAAAGGAGACAUGCAGAAUGUGCAGUGUUGGGGUGCCUCAAGGAUCGGUGUUGGGAACCACUGGUACUCUACAGUAUCAGUUGAAGUAUCACAGAAGUGUGUGAAGCCAAUAGAGACUUGUCACGUAUUUACAGACAGUAUCUUUCCAAUUCUUUCCCUAACUUGAUGUUUAAGUAUCUUAAAUGUCUGUAGCUUUGUAGCCCUCAGGGACUAACCCCACUUUCUUUGUGUUUCCCGUUUGUGUUUUUAAGGCAAGAAAAGAUUGUAUCAUGACAGUUAUUAUUUUUCAUAUGAAUGUACCGCAUGCACUUUUUUCCCUCAUUCGGUACUGUUAUAUUGACAUUGACUAGUUCAACCUUGUAAAUUAAUUUGUUCUGUUUUUUAUGACUAGGAAUGUGAAAAUUGCACUGAUUUAAGUUGAAGGCACUUAACCUGUGUACCCCUGUAAGUCAAGUGUGUUUUCUUGAACCGGACGGACGUGGCUUCAAGGAUUCUGUGAAAAUGAAAAUGACUUGAGCUACUGUUUGUCUAAACUAAACUAUCAUUGCUUUGAAUUUACUUCAGACUAAAAUAGCCUUUUAUAUGAUGGCGCCAUUGAAAUCCUGCCCACGGCUAAUUAAAUAAUAUAAAAUAUGAGAUAAAAUGAAAACAGGAGCAGUCAAUAUUUAUGUGAGAAUGACAGGAAUAGCUCAACCUGAAAUUAAGGAUGUAUGAAUGCCAUUGCGAUGGCAGGGAUUUUAUGUGGAAGCUCUUUAUAAAUGCUCUUUAUAAAAAUCCACCCCAAUAUAAUUGUACGUAGUGAUUUUCAUGGAGGAAUAAGAUGUCCAGAACUAGAUGUUAGUUAAACCGCCUGGCGAUGUGUUGUAUAUUGACCUUUCUCUGCUCUAAUGACGGUGCUGCUUCAUAUUGUGCUUCUGACCGUCAGCCGCAUCUGCUUCUGUGGACUUUACAAACGCUUUCUUCUCUGCUUCCCUUCCAUCCUGUUUUUCUGAGUAGCAUGUGUCAUUGAGUAACUGUACUGACAUGCAUCACAUAACCUGUAGCACAACGGACAUUUUUCCAUGAAGACGUCUUUCCUUUUAUAGAUUUAUAAAAGGAUUGUGUAUUUAACAUGUGCAGCAAUAAGAUUUUAAUACCAGAUCUAUGUCUAUGUAGAAUAAUAUGCACAUGUACUUAAAUAAAUUAUGGAAUUCA